AUGGCCUCGUCGUAUCAGCAGCCGACUGGUCCGUCAGGCUCGGCGGCGGCCCCGGGCCAGCCGGUGGAUGACGCCGACAUCGUGCAGGAGAUGUAUAGACUGCUCGGCAACCUCACGCGAAGCUUUGUCCCCGCCACGCGCAAGAAGCGCGACGAAACCAAGGAGGAGCGACGAGCACGCAAGGAGCUCAAGGAUGCGCUAGACGAUAUGAGCUACGACAUCAUUGAGCUCAAGGCCGAAGCAUCCUCGUCGGCGCGUCGGCUGGACCAGAGCAUGGUGAUCGACUCCUUGCGGCGCAAGAUCACCCGUCUGUCUGCGGAUGGAGGCUACGAGUCUGCCAAUCGCUUCUCCAACAUCCUUGCGCGGCUCUCGGAUCCAACAGCAUCGAAUCAACUCCGGAAUCUUCGCGGCAUGCUCGAGAUGAUGGAUGCACUUGCGUUCACAUCGUCGGAUGCGGGCGCUUCGGCGACGCCCGCAUCGCGCGCGGCUUCUCGCGCUGUCUCGUCCAACGGCAACCGGCGUGAAUCAGAGCUCAAGGCUACUCCUUACACGAUUGCAGACACGCCCGCCACCAGCGCGCCCGCCACGGAGCGCGCCGAUGCAAUGCACAGACGCGCCCAGCCAGCACCGGUCGACAGCCGACUCACCUCCACCGAGUCCCGACCCACGGCCGCCAAGAUCCGCGGAGAAGCAUCCGCCCAACCUACUAGCGACGCGCGCUCCGCCAACGUGGGCUCGCAGACAAGAAAGGAUCAGCUCAUCACCAUGUCUGAUCUGACGCGAGAUAGCGGGCAUCCGCUCUCGAAAGCACAGCUCGUGUCCAACCUGCGGCAGCACAUAGGUCGCAAGCAGAUCCCCGAAAACGAGCUGCUGCACGAUGUCAUCUUUCUGAUGCAGGGCAUCAAUGGCCGUCAUGUCCGCUUCCAGGAAGAGUUUCAGUACGAGUCGGCGGCUAAUAGUGGCGCUGCAGAGGCUGCGGGUCCUACCAAGGUGGUGCGUGUCGUGUUCAACGAGGGCGAUGCAGGUUACAUCAAUGCGCCGACCAAGCGGAUCCUCCAUCGCCUGGCCGAGCUGGGUCAACUGUACAAGAGGGUGGCCGGCUUCUCCCAGGAGAGGAGCACGAUGCCAGCAUCGGGCCUGAUCAUGCAGAGUCUCUGCCAUUUCAUCUCGAACGAGCUCACAGGGUUCUAUCGGCUGGUGGCCAGCCUCGAAGCGCAAAUGGGACCAAAGGGCGACGGUGGCGCGGAUAGCCAGACUGGGCCCCAGCAGUCAGGUGGCAAAGGCCACGACGGAGACGCGCAGAACACACCGACGACGUACGUUACACUCAAGCGGCUAUCGCUGUGGACGGAGGAGAUGACGCUGCGGUUCCGGCUGAUGAGCACCAUCAUCGAGAGCUGCCAGGAUGCGCAUGGAGGCUCGCUCGUGUCGCUGAUCCAUUCCUACACCUUUAACGGCGAUCCGUUCAUCCGACGCUUCACGUCGAGUCUGCUGGACGAGGUGUCGAAGCCGUUCUUCCACUCGCUGUCGCUGUGGAUCUACGAGGGCGAGCUGCAGGAUCCGUUCCGCGAGUUCUUUGUGGAGCUCAAUGACGAUCCGCGCGCGGCUGGGCAGAGUCGAUCAAACGCUGGUGCGGCCGAGGGCGACCUGCCGAGUUUCAGCGACCUCGAGGGCGAUGCGGCGUCGCUGUGGCAGAAUAAGUUUCUGUUUCGCAGCGAGAUGCUACCGAGCUUCUUGCAGGAAUCGUUCGGUCGCAAAAUCUUCUCGACGGGCAAGAGUCUCAACUUUAUCCGCCAGAGCUGCGGCGACGGCGACUGGGUGGCGACGAGGCAUACAGUUUCGGGCGCAGCGACGGUGCUGCGGUAUACGGACCUGCCCGGGCUGGAGAGCACGAUCGAAAGAGCCUUCACGUCGGCAAGCAAGCGAUUGCUGGACAUCUUCCUGGACCGAUUCCGGCUGCUGGAGCAUCUGCGGGCACUCAAGGACUACCUCAUGCUGGCGCGGGGUGAUUUUGUAGAUCUGUUGAUGGCGUCGCUAGGACCGAGCCUGAGCCGGCCUGCCAACUCGCUGUUCCGGCACAAUCUGACCGCGUCGCUCGAGACGGCGAUCCGGGGGUCGAACGCGCAGUACGACGACGCCGAGAUUCUGCGGCGGCUGGACGCGCGCAUCUUGGAGUUUAGCACGGGCGACACGGGGUGGGAGACGUUUACGCUCGAGUACAAGCUGGACUCGCCGGUGAAUACGGUGCUGGACAGCCAGGCGAUGGUGGGGUAUCAGACGAUCUUUACACAUCUGUGGAAGAUCAAGCGGGUGGAGCUGGCGCUCAACACGAGCUGGCUGCGCCUGCACGAGACGGGAACGACGCUGUGUCGGAUCAAGCGCGGUACGGUUGGAGGUGCGGUGUCGGAUCUGCGGCGCGAGUCGCAGCGGACGAUGCUGAUGCUGUCGGAGAUGGUGCACUUUAUCCGACAGAUGCAAGGAUUUGCGCAGCUCGAGGUGAUCGAGUACUCGUGGAACGACCUGCUGCACUUUUUCUCGCGGCGGCAGGGCGAUCUGGACGAGCUGAUCUCGAGCCACCGUGCGUAUCUGAAUGCGCUGAUCGGCAAGGUGCUGCUGCGCGGCGGCAAGCGCGGAUCGCAAGACUAUCUGGCGGGCGAGCUGCGCGCGCAGUUUGACUGCAUUCUGAGCUUCACUGUGGCGGCGGACGACCUGGCGCAUCUGAGCACGCGCGAGGUGGCGCGCGUCGAGAUGGAACAGGGCACGGCGCGACCGACGACGGAGCGUGGUGCGCGGUCGCGUCCGUUGGCUGCGGUGGGAGCGGCGGGCGCAGGUUCAACGCUAGCGGCUGUUGAUCCGGCCGAGGUGGGUCGGAUCGCCAAGCGGCUGAGCGAGGCAUCGACGGCGUUCCACGAGAGGAUGGUGCUGAUCGUGGGUGCGCUGGAGAAGCACGCCAACCUGACGGUGCGUGACUUGGCGGUGAGACUCAACUUUAACGGGCGCUACGAGGUGACGGCGCAUCGAUCGGGCACUCACGCCGCCACCACUGCUCCACGCAAGAAGGAGGCAGCUGCGCCUUCGGCUGUGGCUGCUUCGUGA